AUGAUAACCGACGACAUUCUCGAAACAAUUCUCAAAGCUAAAGCACAGGAACCUAUAACUGAUUUCUUAGACUGGCCCUCAAUGAGUCUUCAAUUAUUAGCUAGAGAGACUGUUUUCCCAACACCAGAUGAAAUAACCGCAAAUCUUCAUGCGUCUUGUGUGCAGUCCGGAUCUAGGCCCAAUUCGCGAUUCUCCAAAGGCAUUCUUGAAAGGCCAUAUUAUUUAGCCUUUUCAGAAAUGAUUAUCAAGUGUUUUGCUAAUGGCGGUUUGUUCCCUGAAGAUGUUGUCAAGAGUCAAGUAUAUAUGCUAGAAGGAGUUAAUGUUGCAAGGCUGAAAGAAAUAGAGCAGCGAAUGAUUGCAAUGUAUAAUUCAUGGGCGUCCAUCUCACCGCCACUAGCAGAGAAGUUGUCCACAUUAGAAGAUUUUUUAUUUAAAUUUCUAACUCCAAAGGACGUCAACACAUUUCUAGGGUUGCGCACGACAAUCGGGUCUGCCGUCUAUUUACCCCCUUCGUUGAACGAGUGUGUAAAUGCUUUCACAAAAAUACACACAAAAAGUAACGUGACAGAACAAAGUGGAGGGGAACAGGGCAGUGGAAGUGAGGGAAGUAUCGGCGAUGGAGAAAGUAAACGUCGUAAAAACAAAGUAAACACUUUGACAGUAGGGGCAAAGGCUUUCUCCAAACAUUGUCACAGAGACCGAUCGAGAAAUUUUUGGGGCACGUGUACGGGAACCGAAAAGCAAAAGAACGAACAAGCAAACCUUGUCCUGGCCAAGAUUAUAACCAAUGCAGCAUGGAUUAAUCUCCAUUCACUUCCGGUAUUUAAAGAAGGUCCAAUUCAAAAUUAA